CCGCCUAGCCUUCUCUCGCCCUCCCUGGGCCGCGCGGCCGGAGCUGGCACCGAGGAGCGGCGGCUGCGGCGGCAUCGCGUUCUGGACACGCCAGCGCCCCUCUGGACACGGCGUCCACGAGCGCGCCCGGGGCGCGCGGAUCUGCCUUCCGCGGUCCGGGGCUGCCCGGGGGGGCGUCCGGCGUUCCCCGAGGGCGGGCGUGUCCGCGCGGCGCAGGCCGGGGCGCGAGCGCGGGGCCGCAGCCUGUUGCAGUGUUGGGGGGCGCCGCGCCGGGGGCGCCAGGAGCCCUGCGGGGGGCCGCGCGGCCCGGCUCCCAGCGCAGAGCAGUUUUCUCCAACUCUCCGCUUCCGUCUCCUCCGGGCCCACCGCUGCCGGGAGACCCCGUCCGGACCUGCCAAGAAAGGAGUAUGUCAUGAAAAAGGAACAGAAAAGACACGUCACUGUUGGUGAAAGGGGAGUUUCCUUUCCCAGUUGGUGGUUACUUCAUGAUUGGAAGAGAAGUACCUAGGUGGUUGAAGAGAUUAGAUUUUCAUAGCUGUACCGAUGAAGCUGAUAAAAGAAGAUGGGAAAAUGCUUUCUCUGGGUCAUAAUAGGCUGAUGAGUAAGUAAGCCUGAAAAAAGACAGAUCUGAAAUGAGGACAGGAAUCUUGUUUUAAAACCAAGUAGGACUUUGAAUACUUGUUGAGGAUGUUUUUGCCCCAAAAAUGGAGGAAGAAAAAAUUCUCAAAGCAAAAAGUGUAAAAAGCUGAGAGGAGUAACAACCCAGUCAGCUCCAAGAAUUGCAGUACUUUGUCAGCUUCUCUGAGCACACACAGGCAAAGGCAUCAGACACGUAUGAUGAUGGUUUCCUGCUCCAGGAAUGACUUCUUAACGUGGAUUUUGGAGUGCUUUUUCUUUUUCUUUUUUUUACAAUGUGUGUUUUUUGACUCUUUGUGUUAGGUAGAUUUAUGUCAAGGAAGUAAAUUGUGAAUUCAUGGUAUUUUUGACUAUCUCCACCCCUGUUCACUGUGUGAUAUUGGAAAAUUAGAGGUUUUAACAUUCCUUGAAGUUUUAUUGGAAGCAACACUGCAUCAGGCAAACAGAUCCACAGUGUAAGUUUUCUCUUUUUGGCAACUGUACUUGCUUUGAAUGAGCCGAAUGUCAGCUGGAUUUCACAGCAUAUCCGAUUUACAGUCUGUGUUUUAUCAAGGCCUUAAAUGUAUGUUUUAUACUCAGCAGAUGGGAAACACAUUGAGCACUGUGUUUGACAUGUAUGCCUAAGGAAAGGAGCUCCCCGAUGGAUCAUGGCGUUAAUGUUUACAGGACAUUUCUUAUUUUUACUGUUAGUGAUGUUUGCUUUCUCUACUUUUGAAGAAUCUGUGAGCAAUUACUCUGACUGGGCAGUUUUCCCAGAUGACAUAGAUCAGCUUAAGACACAGAAAGUGCAAGAUUUCAGACCCAACCAAAAGCUGAAGAAAAGUAUGCUUCAUCCACAUUUAUAUUUUGAUGCUGGAGAGAUCCAAGCAAUGAGGCAAAAGUCUCGCACAAGCCAUUUGCAUCUUUUUAGAGCUAUCAGAAGUGCAGUGAUGGUUAUGCUGUCCAACCCGACAUACUACCUACCUCCACCCAAGCAUGCUGAUUUUGCUGCCAAGUGGAAUGAAAUUUAUGGUAACAAUCUGCCCCCUUUAGCACUGUACUGUUUGUUAUGCCCGGAAGACAAAGUUGCCUUUGAAUUUGUUUUGGAAUAUAUGGACAGGAUGGUGGGCUACAAAGACUGGCUGGUGGAGAAUGCACCAGGGGAUGAGGUUCCAGUUGGCCAUUCCUUAACAGGUUUUGCCACUGCCUUUGACUUUUUAUAUAACUUAUUAGAUGAUCAUCGAAGGCAAAAAUACCUAGAAAAAAUAUGGGUUAUUACUGAGGAAAUGUAUGAGUAUUCCAAGGUCCGCUCAUGGGGCAAACAACUUCUUCAUAACCACCAAGCUACUAAUAUGAUAGCGUUACUCACCGGGGCGUUGGUGACUGGGGUGGAUAAAGGAUCUAAAGUAAAUCUAUGGAAACAGGUUGUAGUAGAUGUGAUGGAAAAGAUGAUGUUUCUGUUGAAUCAUAUUGUCGAUGGUACUUUGGAUGAAGGUGUUGCCUAUGGAAGCUACACGGCUAAGUCAGUCACACAGUACGUUUUUCUGGCCCAGCGCCAUUUUAAUAUCAACAACUUGGAUAAUAACUGGUUAAAAAUGCACUUUUGGUUCUAUUACGCCACCCUCUUGCCAGGCUUCCAAAGAACUGUGGGUAUAGCAGAUUCCAAUUAUAAUUGGUUUUAUGGUCCCGAGAGCCAGUUAGUUUUUUUGGAUAAGUUCGUCUUAAAGAAUGGAGCUGGAAAUUGGUUAGCUCAGCAAAUCAGAAGGCACCGGCCUAAAGAUGGACCAAUGGUCCCCUCCACUGCCCAGAGGUGGAGUACUCUUCACACUGAAUACAUCUGGUAUGAUCCCCAGCUCACCCCACGGCCUCCUGCAGAAUAUGGUACUGCAAAAAUGCACACGUUCCCUAACUGGGGUGUUGUCACUUAUGGGGCUGGGUUGCCAAACACACAGACCAAUACCUUUGUGUCUUUUAAAUCUGGGAAGCUAGGAGGGCGAGCUGUCUAUGACAUAGUUCACUUCCAGCCAUACUCCUGGAUUGAUGGGUGGAGAAGCUUUAACCCAGGACAUGAACAUCCAGAUCAGAACUCAUUCACUUUUGCCCCCAAUGGGCAGGUAUUUGUUUCCGAAGCUCUCUAUGGACCCAAGUUGAGCCACCUUAACAACGUACUGGUGUUUGCGCCAUCACCCACAAGCCAAUGUAAUAAGCCCUGGGAAGGGCAGCUGGGAGAAUGUGCACAGUGGCUUAAGUGGACCGGCGAGGAGGUUGGUGAUGCAGCGGGGGAAAUCAUUACUGCCUCUCAACAUGGGGACAUGGUAUUUGUGAGCGGGGAAGCAGUGUCAGCUUAUUCCUCAGCAAUGAAGCUGAAAAGUGUGUAUCGGGCUUUGCUUCUCUUAAACUCUCAGACUCUGCUAGUUGUUGAUCACGUCGAGAGGCAAGAAGAUUCCCCAAUAAAAUCUGUCAGUGCCUUCUUCCAUAAUCUGGAUAUUGACUUUAAGUACAUCCCAUAUAGGUUCAUGAACAGGUAUAACGGCGCCAUGAUGGAUGUGUGGGAUGCACAUUACAAAAUGUUUUGGUUUGAUCAUCGUGGCAGUAGCCCCAUUGCUAGUAUACAGGAAGCAGAGCAAGCAGCUGAAUUUAAGAAACGGUGGACUCAAUUUGUUAAUGUUACAUUUCAGAUGGAAUCCACAAUCACAAGAAUCGUAUAUGUCUUUUAUGGGCCAUAUGUCAAUGUUUCCAGCUGCAGAUUUAUUGAUAAUUCCAAUUCUGGACUUCAGAUUUCUCUCAAUGUCAAUAAUACUGAACACGUUGUUUCCAUUGUAACUGACUACCACAACUUGAAAACAAGGUUCGAUUACCUGGGAUUUGGCGGCUUUGCCAGUGUGGCUGAUCAGGUCCAAAUAACCCGAUUUGGUUUGGGCACUCAAGCCAUAGUGAAGCCCGUAAGACGUGACAGAGUGAUUUUUCCCUUUGGAUUUAAAUUUAAUGUAGCAGUUGGGUUGAUUUUGUGCAUCAGCUUGGUGAUCUUAACUUUUCAGUGGCGGUUUUACCUUUCUUUUAGAAAGCUAAUGCGGUGGAUCCUCACCCUUGUUAUUGCCUUGUGGUUCGUUGAGCUGGUGGAUGUGUGGAGCACUUGCACUCAGCCCAUCUGUGCAAAGUGGGCGAGGCCGGAGGCCGAAGCGAGCCCAAAGCCUGUGUCUCCCCAAGGGCACCUCAUCGAUCUUCCUGACAUCGUCAUUACCUCACUUCCUGGCUCAGGAGCUGAAAUUCUCAAACAACUCUUCUUCAACAGCAGUGACUUUCUCUACAUCAGGGUUCCCACAGCCUACAUUGACAUCCCUGAAACUGACUUUGAGAUCGACUCCUUUGUGGAUGCCUGUGAAUGGAAGGCGUCGGAUGUCCACGGUGUGCAUUUCCGUUUACUCCGAGGCUGGUUGCAGUCCUUGGUCCAAGACACAAAACUCCAUUUGCAAAACAUCCAUCUGCACGAACCCGGCAGGGGUAAACUGGCCCAAUAUUUUACCACGAAUAAGGACAAAAAAAGGAAGCUGAAAAGGAGAGAGUCUUUGCCAGAACAAAGAAGCAGAAUGAAAGGCGCCUUUGAUAGAGACGCUGAAUACAUUCGGGCUCUGAGGAGACACCUGGUCCAUUACCCCAGCGCGCGGCCCGUGCUCAGCCUGAACAGUGGGAGCUGGACCUUAAAGCUGCAUUUCUUCCACGAAGUUUUAGGAGCUUCGAUGAGGGCCUUGUAUGUGGUGAGGGACCCUCGGGCGUGGAUUUAUUCGAUGCUGUACAGUAGUAAACCAAGUCUUUACUCUUUGAAGAAUGUACCAGAGCACUUAGCUAAAUUGUUUAAAAUAGAGGGAGGUAAAGGCAAAUGUAACUUAAAUUCGGGCUAUGCUUCCGAGUAUGAAUCAUUGAGGAAAGAAUUAUCAAAGUCCAAGCCACACGCAGUGUCUCUGCUGGCUCACGUGUGGCUAGCAAACACUGCAGCAGCCUUGAGGAUAAACACAGACCUGCUGCCUACCAGCUACCAGAUGAUCAAGUUUGAAGAUAUUGUGCAUUUUCCUCAGAAAACCACUGAAAGGAUUUUUGCCUUUCUUGGAAUUCCUUUGUCUCCUGCUAGUUUAAACCAAAUAUUGUUUGCCACCUCCACGAACCUUUUCUAUCUUCCCUAUGAAGGGGAAAUAUCACCAACUAAUACUAAUGUUUGGAAACAGAACUUGCCUAGAGAUGAAAUUAAACUGAUUGAAAACAUCUGCUGGACACUGAUGGAUCGUCUAGGAUAUCCAAAGUUUAUGGACUAAAUGCUGCAGAUGACAACUGAGCAGCAAACUCCAGAGCCUCCAGCCAGAAACUCAGCCUUCCAGCAAGGAGUGCAAGACAGCAUGCACCUCUGCAUUGGGACCAGGUGCCACAGAUCUAUGAUAGUAGGGUUCAUACCACUGAAGAGAGAAAUUCCUUUUCUUUCUUUCAUUGGUUUUCCUUGGAUAUUGCUGUCCACAUCCCUGCUGAGGUGCACUGUAUGCAAAUUAGAAGACACUAUUUUGCUGAUUCUUGCAUAUGCCAGCUCUACUGCCCCCUACUUAUCAAACUGUAGGUAUUAUGGAUAAGCAAGAUAGGUUAUGCCAAUAUGUUGACACUGAAAAGAUGUGCUGACCCUAUCAGAAGCCCUCCUCUAUGAUACUGAUAAGUAACUGUGGCCAGAGCUGGGGCUUAGAGUCAGAAUUCCUAUACUCACACACUCUAUAAUAUGGUACAAAGCAUAUAUGUCUGACCUUCCAUUACCAUAUUCUCCUGCUCUCACCAGCGAUCCCAGAGGUAACGUCUAUCCUGGAUUUUGUGUUUACCACCCCCUUGCUCUUCUUUAUAGCUCCACCACAUAUGUCUCUAUCCUUAUCAACAUAUUGUAUGUUUUUGCAUGUUUGUAUACUUUACGUAAACAGUAACAUAUUGCAUCUAUUCUUGCGCAACUUGCUUUUCUUUGCUCAAAAUUUUAUCUAAUGCAUGUUGAUGUUUGUAGGUGGAGAUCACUUAUUUUCAUCGUGGUAGGUUCCAAUAUAUGCUAUUAUCUGAAAUACCAUACUUUAUGUAUCUUUCAUCUUGUUGGAUUUUGGGAAUAUUUUUAAUUUUUGCAGUUUCAAACAUUAUAUAUAAAACUGUUUAUAGAUGUUGUAUAAUGCACACAUACAAGAAUUUUGUCAUUGUGUUUUGUUUGUACCCAGAACCUUCCCACCCAGCCACACUCCAGCCUAGUAUAUUGAGGGCUCAAAGCACAUCCUCAACUAUUCUUGGUACCAAAUUAUUAUUUUUACAGAUUGUUUGUACAAAUCGACACUCUAGCCAUUGUAGAAAAGUUUGUGUUGCUCCAAAAUUUCUCCUGUACUUGACAUUUUCAUACUUUUAGAUGUUUUUCUGUCUAGUGGGGUAAAAGGAUAUUACGUUUCUUUUUUUUUUU